CUCAAGCCAGACCAUAAGCCAGUUCCUGGGAAUGCUGGAAACAAAGUUUGUCCUUUUGGGCAAGUAAAAUGCAGCUGUUGCUGUAAGGGCAAAAGUGCUUGUCCGAACAACAUAUGUGGCGCCAUCUAUGACUUUAUUGUGCAGCAUCAUGCCUCCACGCCACCUGCACCUAACUGGAAAAACAGCGAUGCUCUACAGUGGGUGACAGAUCCUUGGAGCAUUUGUAAGUGUUUUAUAAAUGCUCCAGGGUACGAGCAGAAACAAUCUGCUUGUGAAACUGAUUGCACUGGGCUAUUACAUCUAAUGAUAAAUAAUCAGUAUUUUCAUAGCCACAUUGGAUGCAAUGUCACAGGAACAAACAACCUUUUUUCAAAGGUACGUCAGUAUAGAAAUAAUAUUUUCCACUCAAGCAGCAUGGAAUUAGAAGAAAGUGAGGCCAAUUCAUAUAUUGACGAUAUGAUAGCAGUUUUACAAGAUGGUAAAGAGCUAUUACAACAACCAGAUGCCCAGAUAGCGGUGAAGAAACUUCAAGAUCUGAAGAAGAAAGAUUUCAUUAUUUCUACUGAAAGCUUUGAAGAAAUUCUGAGAGAAAUCAAGGAAGAAAUGGCAAAAGUUCUGAAAUCGACAGAAAAUGCUGCAACUAAAGACGAAUAUGAUGAUCUGAAGAAGAAGCUAAUAGACCUUGAAGCCAAGAUGUCUGGUGAAAAGAAGGGAAAGCUGGAAAUUGAAAAAAAACUUGAAGGACUAAAGAACACAAUAAAAGAACUUGAAACCAAAAUGUCUAAAGUAAACGACGAAAAUCUUGAGAAUGCAGAAUUGAACAAGAAACUUGGAGUCUUAGAAACUCUUGUUUCAGAACAGAAAAAGGAGAUGGCAAAAAUUAAGAAAGAAACCUCAUCAGGUCAAAGUCAGGCAGAGUAUGAGCAAACCAAGUUAGGUGAGUGAAUAUUUGUUUUGAUG